CAACCACCUCUUUAAGCCAUUUUGCUUUGUCCCCACUUCAUCGGAAAUUGCAUCCGCCGCAUCGAUUGCAUGUCGCAAGGACGGCCUCGCCUCGAAACGCCUCGACAACGCAUUUGCGCAAUGGCAUGUGAACCACAAGGGCCAUAUUCGACUACAUAAUAAAACUGGAACCCUCCCUCCGCCCGCCCAAAGCGCGAACCAUGUCGGCCCCGACGGCCACGGCCACGGCCACGGCGCCGGCCACGUCGUCCGUGUCGGGCGCCAUGGACGGCUCGCCCUCGGACGUGCUGACCGCCACGCCGUCGUCGUCGCAAAAGGAGCGGCACUCGCUGUCGCUGGACCAGCGGCGGGCGCUGCGGCGCUGGGCCAACUCGCAGUCGGUGCGGCCCUCGCACAAGGCCUGCAUCGAGUGGUUCGCCAGCCAGUACGGCAACACCAUCAGCCAGUCCACCGUCUCGCACUCGCUGUCGCCAAAGUACGCCCGCCUCGACGGCGACCCCCAGCUGUCCGGGUCGCGCCUGCGCUUCGGCAACUGGCCCGACGUCGAGAAGCUCGUGCUCAUGUGGCACCACAGCAUGGUCGCCAGCGGCCGCCAGCCCACCAACGAGGAGCUGGCCGACAAGGCAAAGUCCAUCUUCCAGCAGCUGCCGCGCUACAAGGACGAGCAGCCCCCCGAGUUCAGCCCCGGCUGGAUCCACCGCUUCAAGAAGCGCUACGGCCUCCUCAUCCGCCGCCAGCGCAGGCACGGCGCCGCGCCCCCGCCCCAGGACGACAUCCCCUACCUCGUCGACGCCAUCCCGCGCUUCAUGUCCGUCGGCCCCGACACCAGCCCCGCCGCCAUCCGCGACUCGGUCCAGCGCAUCGUCGGCGUCGAGCCCUCCCUCGCCACCUGCGCCCGCGUCAGGGACGAGGCCGUCCGCAGGCUCGAGAACCCCGGCCUCAACCACAACGGCCAGCCCAACCACGCCGUGCUCGACACCACCCCCGCCGCCGCCAGUGCCGCCGCCAUGGGCCACCACCACCCUCCUCCCCCCGCCAGUGCCGCCGCCGCCCACCACCACCACGGCGCGGGGGGCCCCGGCGACGCCUACGGCGAGGAGGACCCCGAGAUCGUCCUGCAGAACGCCCUGCACGCCCUGCAGCAGGAAGAGGCCGACGCCGAGGCCGAGGCAGCAGCCGCGAGGGAGGAGCGCGAGAUGGCCGAGAGGGGCCUGCAGGCACCACCUCCCCAGCACACACAGCAGCAGCAACAACAACAACAACAACAACAACCCCCUCCCCCGCCCCCGCCCCUCUCGGCGAUGGGCGCAAGCCAGUCGUACGCGCAGCAGGCCGCGGGCGCGGCGCUCGCGACGCCUGUCAGGAACGGGGUCGCGCAGCCCGUGGGCGUCGGGGUGGGCGGUGGUGGUUCCGGCGGGAACAACGCGGGCGGCGGCGGCGGCGGCGGCGCCACCCCGAACGGGACGCCCGUGGGCGGCUCGUCGUCCUCGGUGCUGGCGCAGCCGCGGUACUCGGUGGGCGGCGGCGGCGGCGCGGACGAUCUCAACCUGACGCCCAUACCGUCCAACGGCCCCAUCUCGACGACGGACAGGCCCAUGCGCUGUCCCUUUUGCAUCAACCAGCGCAUGCUGCGGACCAUCAAGGAGGCCGUCGAGCACAUGGCCACGCACGUUGUCGUCUGAGGGGGGGGGGGGGGUUUCCCUGGUGGCACGCGGAUGAAAAGCGUCUUGUCCUGCUGCUGCUUAGUUUGUCCCUACGGAGUGAGUUGGGAGGGGGGAAGCGGACAAGCGGCACCAUUCCGUCAGUUACUCACAUAUGCAUACGUGCCCACUUCCGGACCUACAUAUGGACUCGGGCGCAUCUAUCCGCGGCGGCGGCGGCGGCUUGGGGGAAAGGGUGGCACGGAAUCUAAAGUUCAGGAGGCGAAGACAGCAGGCAGACAGACACCGCUGUGCUGCUGCUGCUGGACCUGGGUGUCACUGGCUUCCUCCCGCUUGAUCACUCUCACCCCAAGCCAUCCAGGCCCAGGCCCAGUCCCAGUCAAAAAUCAUCUCAAUUCGUCCAAUGUACAUAUUACAUCACACCCACCUGAUUUCUACUCAAGCCUUCUUACUCUUCACAUAUGACGAAAUCACACCAAAACAAUUCAACAAAACGACGCCACGCCACUAUCAUCUUCGGGAAUGGCGGGGGAGACUCUGGCACAGGUAGGCAGGGAGGCAGGCAGGCAGGGGGAGAUUUGUCGGGGGCGUUUAUUUGGUCGUUGCUCCGCCG